AUGAUCUCUCUUCAGCACAUCCCUGAGGAUGGUGCCCAGUGGUCUUUGAUCUUUUCUCUUGUUCUAAGGCCGUCAGGGAUGCCAUCGGCCUCAAGAUCUGUGAAUCCAUCCAUAGUAUGUUUUGUUGUCAUCGCAGUUGUGGCGAUCCUGGCAGUGACCACAGGUUUACUUGUCUACUUUUUAGCUUUUGGGCAAAAAGAGUACUUUUACAGUAGCAGCUUACAAAUACUAAAUGUUCAAUAUACUGAUGAGCUAAGUUCACCAAUUACACAGAAAUAUAGAUCUUUGAGUGAAAAAAUUGAGUCUGCGAUUACUAAAACAUUCGAAGAGUCAAAUUUAAGAAGCCAGUUCAUCAGAGCUCAUGUUGUCGGACUGAGGCAAAGUGGUAGUGAUGUGAUAGGAGAUACUGUCAUGAAAUUUAAAUUCGCCAGGAAUAGCAAUGAACCAUCAGUGAAAAGGAAAAUUCAGUCUGUUUUACAGCAAAUGCCGAAUAACCCUGGAAACUUGACAAUGAACGCAAUUGACUUAAAACAAAUAACUCACAAGGAUACAGAAGAUAUUUUAACUAAAGAAUGUGGGGUCCGUCCAGACCUAAUAUCAUUGUCUGCUGAGAGAAUCAUAGGAGGCACUAAAGCUAAGGAAGGAGACUGGCCAUGGCAAGUCAGUUUACAGUGGGAUAAUCUUCACCACUGCGGAGGUGUCUUCAUCAGUAAAGAGUGGAUCCUGACAGCAGCUCACUGCUUCAAAAGCCGCUCUGAUACUCUUCAAUGGACUGUCACCUUUGGUAUUUCCACAAUACUUCCUAAAGAGAAAAGAAGAAUAAGGAAUAUUUUAAUCCAUAACAAUUAUAACCCUGAAACUCAUGAAAAUGAUAUUGCACUUCUACAACUUGAUAGAGAAGUCACCUUUACCAGAAAUAUCCGUACAGUGUGCCUCCCAGAUGCUAGCCAGAAUAUUCUACCUGGUUCCCCUGCUUAUGUAACAGGAUGGGGCUCUCAAAGAUACAGCGGCAGCCAAGUUCCAGAUCUACAACAAGCACGGGUCAAUAUAAUAAGUAAUAAUGUAUGUAAUAAACCAUCUAGUUAUAAUGGAGCCAUCCUGCCUGGAAUGCUAUGUGCUGGACUAUCUCGAGGUGGAGUAGAUGCAUGCCAGGGGGACUCUGGUGGCCCACUAGUACAAGAAGACGCACGGCAGCUCUGGUUCCUCGUGGGGAUAGUAAGCUGGGGGUAUCAGUGUGCUCUGCCAGAUAAGCCAGGGGUGUAUACUCUAGUGACAGCCUACCGUGAAUGGAUACACGAACAAGCUGGGAUCUAG